UGUUCAUGGUUGGCACACCGUCUUAGAUAUGCUGAAGCCUCUAAGGUUAAGAACGAUGAGAUUAUCAAUUGUGAUGCUUUUGGUCGCAGGUCUGUCUGAAGGACAGGCUAAAGACGAAGGCAAUGAGAUCCACAUGUAUGACCUGACACAUGAGGACCUAGCAGACACCAAGGUAGAGGACAACAACAGUGGCUUGACAAAGAGUGCAACGACGGUCAACCAAAGCUGUGAACCACCCAUCUACUCGGUACUGAUGGAGCUGGGGGCUCUGAGAGAGAGGCUUUCAGCUACAGUGAGAGCAUUGGAGGAAACCAACAAAAAGUUGGAGGCUAGUGAGAAGAAUCUCUUUGCUCUAAACAAGACAGUCACUGAACUAAGCAAAGUGGAUCAAGGCCAGUCCAAGGUUGCAUUUUCUGUUGCACAGCCAUUAGAUGGAACCAUUGGUCCUGUAAAUGUUCUUCACCCUCUGGUGUACAAACAUGUUCUGUCCAAUGUUGGAGGACAUUACAACCAACAUACAGGUUACUUUACAGCGCCAGUGAGAGGAGUCUUCUAUUUCACAUUUACUUCUUUCUGCUGGGGAGGCAGUGAGGAAUGUGGUGGUAGUCUGUACCACAAUGGAAACCACAAAGUGUCAUGGUACGGCAGGAGUCCAAAUCACUCACUCUCUGCCUCUAACAGUGCUAUCUUGUUGCUACAAGUUGGAGACAAGGUCAAUGUUCAUCUUUGGCGUAAUAUGAAGAUCAGCGAUAAUGGAAACUCGUACUCUACGUUUAGUGGGUUUUUGAUUUCCCAUUUGUAAUUUGUGUGAAAAAUGACAAUGGCUAACAAUAUCACCAGCUCAGUGACCACACUGGUUCUAGCCUCUGAUGUGUGCUUUGGGUAAUUUUAGGCAUAAAAACCAAUCAUGUUGUAGGGAAAGACCAAGCUUUGUGUGCAAUUAUUAGCUAAGGUUGCUGUGGUCAUGGAUAAGAAAAUAACAUGAUUACUGUUUUUCCUUCAGAUUGUUUUAUUGUUUAGAUUAUGAUUAUUUUAGAUUCUAAUAUGUCACAGAAAUCAAAAUCUACAUACAAUUUAUUACCUCAUUGAACUGCAUUGAGAAAAAAACACUUAUAAAUUGUCAGCAAACCCUCACCUUAA